AUGGGCUUUAAUCCAGGGGACUCGUCCUGCUCGCUUCCUCUGCAGGCUAUCCCCAUCCCCAUAUCCGUUCCUCACCCGCUGACGCCGCAGGAGCGGCAAGUGCAAGUCAUCCGGGCAUACACCACCACCGGCGUGCGCAUGGCGGCCGCAGCCGCCGGAGCAGCCGGGACCGCCGGGGCUAUUGGAGCUGUCCCGAGCUCGUCCCAAAGUCCGUUCCUGCCUCGACCCCAGACGGGCUUCAAGCCGCUCGAGUUCCGCCGAAUCGAGCGCACUUACAAAACAUAUGGAGCCGCUCCCGCAGCAUCGAGCGAGAUCCCACCAGAGACCAUUUUGGCGGGCCGGGUCGUCUCGGUCGCCCAGAUCAUGGCAAACCCACAAAUUCCCCAAAACUCGAGCCAAAUCUUGUCAGGAUCCAGGAUCGAGCCCAGUCGCCGACCGGCCAUGCCGCCGCGGACCCUUGUGCUGUCGUCUGCAAGCCUGGUCCGGAUCGAAGACGACCUCUUGGCCGACGAUGACGAGCUCGACAGCGACGACGAGCCGGCUUCCGCAAGCGAGAUCAUCAAGUGCCCGACCGUCAGCGCCAAGGAUCUGUACGAGUCCAUGUUCGACCACGACCAGCGGCUCACCGGCUGGUGCUCGUCCCCAGGCGCCGACGACAUCUUCUCGCUCAUACCCGAGAUUGCCACCGCAACCUAUCGCUACGUUACCCCAGAAACCAGGCCCGAAGACUUGCUCGUCGGGUCUGAGCCGUCUGUGGUCUCGGUCAGUCCAGUCGUAGACUCGAAUGCGCAGAAAUGGAAGAAGAAAGCCAACCGCAAGCGAAGCAUGCCCAUGCCCAUCCUGAGAGCCACUCUCGAUGACUGUGAUGAACCGUGGUCGUCCUCGAGGCCGCAGUCGGCCGAAUCGAUUCUGGGCGAGUUGCUUCCAGAUGCCAGCGAAGAAAGGUAUGAUCCAAGCGGCGACAAAGCAAAACAGGACCCUGCCAACACCAAUGGACCCACGGACGACGCCGGUGCUCUGUUGGAGGACGACACUGCGCUUUCGCAGUCGAGCGAGGUGAGUGUGCUGCUUUCUCCAAGCGAAAUCGAUCCCAAACAGAAGCCGACGCUUCAGCGACACCACGACCGGCCAUCUCCGGUGCAGCAUCACACAUGCGAUGUGCCCGCCUCGCAAGCUCGCACGACUAGCCGCCCGCUGACAGCCGGCAGUCGCCGAGUCGUCAUCAUGAAAGAAGAUGCCCAACAGUCCAUCAAACUCGUUCCCCAGAUUGGUCCGGGGCUCAUCCCGGGCCGCCCUCCAGCACCGACCCCGGCUCGGAUGCCCUCCGAGGCAGCUCGGUUAGGCUCGGAGCUGUCUCAAGACAUCCCGGAUCCGGGCAAUCCCGAGCACCACACGGCUUCCCAGACUCCUCUAGUCCCCGCCAUCCCUGUCAGCGAAUCCUCUGUCAACAAUGCCAUUCUCAACGGGCCCUUUGGUCCGACAAAGUCCAAGCGAGCGGGUCCCCGUUCCAAGAUCGAUACUUGCUCCAGCUUUCCGGCGGCAUCAGAAAACAUGGCGAGUCUGCGCAAGCGCCUGAUGCUCAGCGGUCUGUCGCUCUCCAAAUCUUCUCGCGGUCGGCUCUCCCAGGACUUUCGGCUCAAUCCAGCAACCACGGUCAUCACCGGUCGCAAGUACCUGUCCGAAACACAUUCGGGCUCGCUCAUGGACCCAAUCUUGGGCAAAGGAUCCAAGCACCAGGGCCUGAGCUCUGCCGAGCUGCUCGGCAGCAGCACGAGCGGCAUGAACACCCCGAACUCCCGGGGGCUCCCGAUGAUCCAGCAGUCCUCGUACACGAACCUGUGUCUAUCGUCGGAUUCGGGUGCUGAGAGCCGCGAUGCCGGUUCUUCCGACUCGUCCGGCUCGCUGGCGCUAUCCAUUUCUCGGCCGUCGACGUGCAAGGCUGGACCAACUCCCAGGGACAGCCCUGCUGGUUACAAGUCGCUGUCGGGCCCAGGCGACACUGGCAGCGCUCUUGACGGUCGCAACUCUCUCCGGGCUCUGAGUCUGGAGCGACUAGUGGGCCCGAGCAAGAAGGGCCAUGGCCGCGGAGCCGUUGUCGGUAAGCUGACUCCUGGGGAUCUGCAGUCCUCUCCAUCCGUUUUCUAUCUCGGCUACGAGCCGACAAAGUUCAAGCAUCAGAUUCGAAAGCUCUCGCAAAACGGGUUUGUGCUCUGUCCGCCCCCGCCACCUCCGAACCCCGGGAACACUGCUGGAGCCCUGCGGGUCGAUCACCCGCUUCGAGGAGCCGACGUUGACGCCGACGACGCCGACGACGACAGACACAUGGACCAGUUCAAGGAGCUUCGUGCCUUUCUGCAGAUGCAUGGCGGGCUUUCCACCUCGCCGCCUGACAAUCGGCAGUUCCGGCAGGAGAUGCAGCUCAAUCGAGUGCGUGCCUGCAACUGA